UCUUCCAUGCGAAUCUCAGUAGAAAGCAUGGAAAACAGAGCUGUCCUGUCCAUGCCCAUAACCGCUCCAGUCAAGUUCAGUGAACACAAAAGGCAAACUAAAACGUGCCGGGCUUUUAUGGGGAGAAGGUUUUCUGAUCGGAGCUCGUCGAUGGUAAAUGCUGGGCUGCCCAGAGUUUUGCGGAUAUCGGUGACUGACGGGGACGCCACUGAUUCCUCCGAUGACGAGGAGGAAGCCUUCUCUAUGCGUCGGAGAAUCAAGAAGUACGUGACGGAGGUCACGUUUGCAGCAUGGGGACGAGAUAAAGGUAACGGAAAUACUAACAGCCCUCUCAGGAAAGUUGCGAUGCGGCGGAAGAGCAGCGCGGUGAAGCCGCCGCCGGCGAAGCAGGGUUCUAAUGUGAGGAAAUACAGAGGAGUGCGGCAGAGGCCGUGGGGGAAAUGGGCUGCGGAAAUCAGAGAUCCAGUAAGCCGUCGGAGGUUAUGGCUAGGGACGUUCACUACAGCCGAAGAAGCCGCCGCCGUUUACGACAAUGCGGCCAUUCAGCUGCGCGGACCGAAUGCGUUGACCAAUUUUCUCUCCCCGGCGGCAGCUUCAAACGAGGAUUGCGCGAAUGUGACGGCAGAGUACGGGGAAGAGUCCAAUAACAACCGCCUAUGCUCUCCUAAAUCCGUCUUUUUCUUCAGCGAAGAAACCGAAGCUGCUGAGCCGAUUCUCCUCAGAGAAAUGGACGCCGUCAAAAUGAGCCGAGCCUUAACCGGCAGAACGGCCGUACCUGAGAUUUUGCCGGAAUCUCCUCUAUUUGAAACUGUUUCUGCGAGCGAAUUGUUCCAGUUGGAGAACCCGGAACCCAUACCCGACCCGUUUGAUGUGACGGGUUGGUCAGACAAGAUCUUCAAGGAAGAAUGUCCAGACAUAUUUAUCGGGUCAAGUCAUGAUAUCGGGUUCGGACUGUCCGCAAGCCUAAUGGACGAAUACUUUCAAGGCGGGGAGGCAUUUGGGUCGGAUCUGCAAUUUUGAAUCAAUUGUGUAGUGUUGUUCAUAAUAUUUGUUGUAUUUAGCUAUUUAUUUGUCUUCUUAUCUGUUUUUUGGUCAAGUCUGUUAAUCUGUUAUCUUUUUAGGGUCAAAGUGUCAUUAUUUUAGACGAAAAAAGAGGUGUUAAGUUAAUCGUGAAAAAUGUUAUAGAUGGAAAAAUGUGCAAGGAAGCAAGUGAUGUUAAGAGGAGCCUUGGAUUAGGUGAAGCAAUGUAAUGGAAUGAGUGAAAGUAUAAGACAUGCAAGUCAUGUGCUCAGUGAACCCAAAUUUUGUGUUUUUGCUC